AUGACCCCCAAGGCCCCGUUCUGGCUGGGGAGCACCAUUUCCGCUAGGAGGCACAGUCUCGAAAAGCAGAUAGUUACUGGCCAGAUGGACGGCAGACGUGCUCUAGGCAGGGCACCGACAAGAUGGGCUGACGUAGUGAAGAACGCGGUGGGCGGCAGCAUGCAACCCGCGGUUCACGCCGCCUACGACCGCACGCGGUGGAGGAGAACAUCAUGUGGUCACGAUCCUCAGUAU